CGUCCAUUCACGGAAAUCGGCUUCAAAUCGGCUCUUCCUGGUGUCUUGUUGUGAUGCUGAGGAGAGAGCAUCCUCCGCUGCAGCGUUUUCACGCAGGCAGGCCGUGUGUUUUCAUAGAUGCAAUGACAGAAAGAGGAGAUUUAUUAUUCUUACUACAGGUUAUAUUAUCACCGUGAGUUCACACUGCUCUCGGUGGCAUCCUGAGCUCCAUGAUGGUGGAUUUAUCCGGGAAUGGUGCAGUGUCGCCCGGACACACCAGACACGGACAGGGCUCCGGGAAUACCGGGAAGAAAACGUCGAAAAAGUCGAGAACGAAAAGAGGCAAACGAGGCAGGAAAAGACGGAAUAAAAAGAACAUCAGGAACAACAAAACACCACCACCGUAUUUCCCACCGGAGGCUGAAGAAGGAAACAUUGAGUACAAGUUGAAGCUGGUGAACCCCACCCAGUACCGGUUCGAGCACCUGGCCACGCAGCUGAAGUGGCGUCUUCAGGAGGGCCGGGGCGAGGCGGUGUAUCAGAUCGGAGUGGAGGACAACGGGCUGCUGGUGGGUCUGAGCGAGGCCGACAUGAGGGCCUCGCUGAAGACCCUCAAGAGGAUGGCAGAGAAAGUCGGUGCGGACAUUACUCUCCUCCGAGAGAGAGAGGUGGACUACGACUUGGACAGAAAUACUCGUAAAAUCGCAGAAGUCCUGGUCCGAAAAGUUCCCGAUGAUCAGCAGUUCCUGGACCUGCGGGUGGCGGUUCUGGGGAACGUGGACUCGGGGAAGUCGACGCUGCUGGGCGUCCUGACGCAGGGCGAGCUGGACAACGGGCGAGGCCGAGCGCGGCUCAACCUCUUCAGACAUCUGCACGAGAUCCAGACCGGACGCACCUCCAGCAUCAGCUUCGAGAUCCUCGGCUUCAACAGCAAAGGAGAGGUUGUGAACUACAGCGAGUCUCGGACAGCGGAGCAGAUCUGUGAGAGCUCCUCUAAGAUGAUCACCUUCAUCGACCUGGCCGGGCACCACAAGUAUCUGAAGACGACCAUCUUCGGCCUCACCAGCUACUGCCCCGACUUCGCCAUGCUGGUGCAUGCUCACAGUGUUCCCGCUCUCCUCCGUCCAGCCGGCACCACCCGGGAGCACCUGGGCCUCGCCAUGGCGCUGAAAGUUCCCAUCUUCAUCGUGGUCAGUAAAGUGGACCUGUGCUCCCGCGGCACCGUGGAGAGAACGGUCCGUCAGCUGGAGCGACUCCUGAAGCAGCCGGGCUGCAACAAGAUCCCUCUGAUGGUGUCUGGGGCUGAUGAUGCUGUGACCGCCGCGCAGCAGUUCACCCAGUCUGAGUG